AUGCAACCCAAGCCUUUCAUCAACCGAGUGACGAGGGCAAAGCAAGCGAGUGGAAACGAGGGACUAGGUCAGCGCAGGACUCGAACCAGCUCAAAGAUUUCGGCCAGGUCUUCUUCCAGUUUCAGGAAUGUAUCGAAGACGCGCGUGAGUACCCUUUAUGACUCAGAUUCCAAAGAGGAACACUCUGAAACAUCUUCUUUCUUGGAGAGGUCCAUACCUCCAGCCAAGCCAAAAUCUAAGAGAGCAGGAUCCCUGUCGUAUCCUUCAGAGACAUCUUUGCAGUCUCAAGGCCAUGCAGCAAUCAAUAGCUGGAGUCUAGAUCUUCCCAAGACGCCUGAUGAUGCCACACAGACGCAAGAUAUCGGCUACCGACAUGAUGAAGAGGAAGAGCCUCCCCGCUCUCUCAAACGUAAACGUGCUCAAUCAUCCAGUGGCCUCAUGACGCCGUUGACUUCGACCCCGAGUACGCCCGCUGUUAAGUCAAGCUUCGAGCUAAUGACCUCCAAUUCGCCACGCAAUAUUUUUGGGUGUCAAAGACGAUUUCAAAGUCCCGCAAGCGAUGACAAAGUGACUACAUUCAACGAGCCAUGCGAGAAUUCUCGAAUGAAUAUUGAACGUCCGCUGAUCAUGAAAAAUGAAUCAAACGAGAGCCAAGAUGUUCACUUUCUCCUCGCUGAGCUCGCAGCCCUACGUACCGACCUCGAAAUCGAGAAGAAGGUGACAAAUCGCCUGAAAAAUCAAGCUAUCAAGGACAACGACGAAAUUACCUGUCUCCGGAUAGAAUUUGACGCUCUCCGCUCCCAAAUUACCGAAAAAUCUCAAAAUAACAACAUCUGCCCUCUCGAAGACGAAGUCCUCUCUCUCCGAGCAGAUCUUGAAAUUCUGCGUUGUGAAAGCAGUGCUGGAACAACCGAGGCAACUAGUCCAAGCGAGCACGAAAUGAAUGCCGGCGAUCGUGCAAAGAUUGAGGAAGUCAUUCACAUGAACGAGCUCUUACGUCGGGUCCUCCAAGGCGAGCGGAUUUAUGCCGAACAAAUGCAUACAAAGCUGCAUUCUCUGCGGAAGAAAGUGGGCCCGCUAUUGGCCAAGGUGGAUACCAUGCAGGGAAAUCUCGAUGAAAUAAAAGCCCUUUUUCUGGCUCAUGAUGCUCCGAUUGAGCUUAUUAUGGACUUUGUGAGAAUGUUCCAUGGGUGGUGGGUGGAUAGGUACAAUUCGCGGCAGGCUGGCCGGAAUGACCAGACUGGUGACAAAGGAAAGAGUAAAGCAUCGCAGGGCGGUAGGAAUUUGACACAGACAGGGAUUCGCUAG